AUGUUGGAACAGGCUGGAAUUUGUUUGCUUGUGAAAACAAACGCUGCCAUGCUGCUGCUGCUAGAUCUUACUCUGGUACCCCUCAUUCUUUGUGUUAGCAACUCGGCUGUUGCUGGGCUCAGUUUGAUUGCUGAAAACGAAGAUGCCCUCCUGAGACACUUAUUUCAUGGGUACCAGAAAUGGGUCCGACCUGUUGAAAACUCCAACGAUACAAUAAAAGUCCUUUUUGGCUUAAAAAUAUCUCAGCUUGUGGAUGUGGAUGAAAAGAAUCAGCUGAUGACAACAAAUGUGUGGCUGAAACAGGAAUGGACUGACCAUAAGUUGUGCUGGAAUCCUGAGGACUAUGGUGGGAUCACGGCGAUCCGGGUUCCGUCAGAGUCACUGUGGCUGCCGGACAUUGUUUUGUUUGAAAAUGCCGAUGGACGUUUUGAAGGCUCUCUGAUGACCAAAGUCAUAGUGAAAUACAAUGGGCUUGUUACCUGGACUCCACCAGCCAGUUAUAAGAGUUCCUGCACUAUGGAUGUGACAUUUUUCCCAUUUGAUAGACAGAAUUGCUCCAUGAAAUUUGGAUCCUGGACCUAUGAUGGCAACAUGGUUGACUUGAUUUUAGUAGAUGAAAACGUAGACAGGAAAGACUUCUUUGAUAAUGGAGAGUGGGAGAUCUUAAAGGCCAAAGGCAUGAAAGGCAGCAGAAAGGAUGGGUUGCAUUCCUACCCAUUCAUUACUUACUCCUUCGUUUUAAGACGCCUCCCACUCUUUUACACUCUUUUCCUAAUCAUCCCUUGCCUUGGAUUAUCUUUUCUAACUGUGCUGGUGUUCUAUUUGCCUUCUGAUGAAGGGGAAAAACUUUCAUUAUCUACAUCUGUUUUAGUCUCCCUUACCGUUUUUCUUUUAGUAAUUGAAGAAAUAAUACCAUCUUCUUCCAAAGUCAUUCCUCUGAUUGGCGAGUAUUUGUUGUUUAUUAUGAUUUUUGUAACCCUCUCAAUUAUUGUUACUGUUUUUGUUAUUAACAUGCACCAUCGGUCCUCAGCAACCUACCAUCCUAUGGCUCCCUGGGUUAAAAGACUCUUCCUUCAAAAGCUUCCUAGGCUAUUAUGCCUGAAGGGCCAUGUGGACCGCUAUGCCUUCUCAGAGGCUGCAGGAACUAUCCCAGUGUUAAAAUCAAAGCUUUCAGGCAAAAAGAAACAGAAACAAGUCAAGGAUGGAGAAAAAAUUGUGAUUGCUUUUUUGGAAAAAGCCGCUGAUUCUAUUAGAUACAUCUCUGGCCAUGUAAAAAAGGAGCAUUUCAUCAGACAGGUAGUUGAAGACUGGAAAUUUGUAGCUCAAGUCCUCGAUCGGAUCUUCCUGUGGUUAUUUUUGGUGGUGUCAGUGACAGGUUCUGUUUUAAUAUUUACCCCCGCUUUACAGGCAUGGUUAAGCAGCAGUUUAUAGGAAUAGAUUCAUUUUGUUAAUGUGGAUAAUGGCUGAAAGAUACAGUUGCCCCUUGAGACUGAUGGGUUUUUUAAUUUUCAGUGAGUGCAGGAUGGACAAAACCAAAAUGAGAUGGAAAUGAAAAUACAUUGCCUUCUGGCUGCAGUAAACGAUGCUGAUAAUAAUAAUAAUGCUUGUCACUUGAAUAGUG